UUCCAGGAGUAGGGCACGUCAGCGCUUCUGCUAGGGCUGUAAAACUACGCUUUGGUUUCCUAGCCGGCUGCUUUUUGGCGCCGGGUCUUCAGCAUGGCUGCCUCCAGGGUUGAGGGCCGGCCAGCUGCCACACCUUCGUUUUGCUGACUGUCUCUGGAGUCUGUGCUCUUCUUGUCUUUCCUGGGCUAUUCCCGCAGACAUGUUCGCUAAGGCCUUCCGGGUCAGAUCCAACACAGCCAUCAAGGGAUCCGACAGGAGAAAGCUUCGGGCAGACGUGACAGCUGCUUUCCCCACCCUUGGAACAGAUCAGGUCUCUGAAUUGGUACCUGCAAAGGAAGAGCUGAACGUUGUGAAGUUGUAUGCUCACAAAGGGGAUGCAGUGACUGUGUACAUGAGCGGGGGUAACCCCAUCCUAUUUGAACUGGAGAAAAAUUUGUAUCCAACAGUGUACACGUUGUGGUCCUACCCUGACCUUCUACCAGCCUUUAUAACAUGGCCCCUGGUACUCGAAAAACUGGUCGGUGGAGCAGAUUUGAUGUUGCCAGGGGUAGUGGUACCCCCUACUGGUCUGCCUCAGGUACAGAAAGGUGACCUCUGUGCCAUUGCCUUGGUGGGGAACAGAGCUCCUGUAGCAGUCGGAGUGGCUGCUAUGUCCACAGCUCAGAUGCUGGCUUCAGGCCUGAAGGGAAAAGGCUUCACUGUGCUGCACUCUUUCCAGGACCACUUGUGGAAAUCUGGAGACAAGUCCUCUCCACCUGCCAUUGCCCCACUGGCAGUGGAUCCCACAGAUAGCAGUGAGGAGAAGGUAGACGUUGGUCUGCAUGGAAACCUGAGGAGCCUGACCCUGGAGAGAGAGGAGCAGAGUGAGAAAGGUCCUCACCCAGAAGCCUCUGAAGACACCAGCCCUGGGGCCCUGAGCCAGGAUUCCUUGGAUGGCAAGCCCCUUCAAGAGCAAAUGGAUGAGCUGUUACAGCAGUGCUUCCUGCAUGCCUUGAAGAGUCGAAUCAAGAAAGCCGACCUCCCUUUGCUCACCAGCACGCUCCUGGGCAGUCACAUGUUCUCCUGCUGCCCUGAAGGACAGCAACUGGAUAUGAAGAAGUCAAGCUAUAAAAAGCUCUCUAAGUUCCUGCAGCACAUGCAGCGGGAACAGAUUGUCCAGGUCAAGGAGCUGAGCAAAGGGGUGGAGAGCAUCGUGGCCGUGGACUGGAGGCACCCGAGGAUCACAUCUUUCGUCAUCCCUGAACCUUCCCUGACUGCACAGACUCUGCAGGAAGGUAGCAGGGAACAGCCCUAUCACCCUCCAGAUAUAAAACCCCUCUACUGUGUCCCAGCCAGCAUGACCCAGCUCUUCCUGGGCUCUGGCCACAAGAAGGGGAGCACCCUUGAGGGCAGUGAGGUCCGAAGGAUCGUCACUGACUAUGCCAAGAGAAACAACCUGGUGGAUGCAGACAACAGGAAUCUUGUGAAGUUGGAUCCUAUCUUAUGUGACUGCAUCUUAGAGAAAAACGAACAGCAUGUGGUCAUGACGCUUCCAUGGGACUGUCUCCUGACCAGGUGUUUGAAAAAUCUGCAGCCUGCCUACCAAGUGACGUUUCCUGGACAGGAACCCAUUCUGAAGAAAGGGAAACUCUGUCCAGUUGAUAUCACCCUUGCACAGAAGACUUAUAAUAAAAAGGUGACUGUGGUCCGGAACUUGGAGAUCUAUGGUCUAGAUCCAUACUCAGUGGCUGCCAUUCUCCAGCAGCGAUGUCAGGCCAGCACCGUCGUCUCUCCUGCCCCUGGGGCCAAAGACAGUCUACAGGUGCAGGUCCAGGGGAACCAGAUCCACCACCUUGGACAGCUACUGCUUGAAGAGUAUCGGCUCCCUGGAAAAUACAUCCAAGGCCUAGAAAAGGCCCCCAAGCCUGGCAAGAAGUGACAGACUCAUUUUAUGCAGUGGAUCCCAUGGGAACCCAGGUUCUGAGCUGGUAACUGAUAUGAGCAUUUUUGACUUUUACAAAU